AUGGAAAAUGAAUACGGUACAGGAAACUCAGCAAUACACUAUAUGUGGACACCCAAACAACUACGAGACAAAUCCCAAGCAUUAUUGCCCCUUACUAGGACCACCAUACAAGUCUGGGACCAAUUACACCGCUUGCAAGCGACUGACAACAAAUUCCUAAAAUGGGCACCCAUAGAGGCACUACAGUCUAUAUCUCCGUGGUUAUCGUUCAAAAAAUGGUCAGCACUGGGAAUUACCCAUAUUACUAACCUAUGUUCACAAAGGGACAUCAUCCCCUUCCCAGAUUUACAGACCGCAUACAACCUCCCACCAUCCUUCAUCUUCUCAUAUGUCCAACUAAAAAGCAUUAUCCAAGAACGAGUACUGCUCACAACACAAACUACAGACAACCCCAACACAGAAAGAUUGGCACUGUAUGACAGAUGCCGUACGGCCCCAAUCAGAGCCCGCUCCCUGUCCCUCAGCUAUGCAGCCCUAAGACACACUAACACGAUGCCAGACUUUUCCUUUAUGGCACAGUGGAAUAGGGAACAAACUAUCCGCUUUCCUAAAGAUCAGUGGCUACGAUCAAUCCUAGCGCUUAAAGGUAUCACAUCCUGCUACUCACAU